AGCGCGUCCGUGUAGUUGUAUUCCUUCUUUAAUCGCAUGCAAUAAGCAUUCGUGCCUAAAAGUAGAUAUUGCACGUAAAAAACAAAACAGAGUAACGUGUUAGGCUUUUCUUCUGUGUUUCUAUGGAUUCCAUGCAGCUUCUGUCAUGGGCCUGCAUCGUCUUCACAGUCGGGAUGUUCUCGACUGGACUGAGCGACCUGAAGAAGAUGAGAGAAUCCAAAAGUGCUGACAAUAUCCAGUUUCUCCCUUUCCUCACGACGUGUCUUAAUAACCUGGGCUGGUUUUAUUAUGGGAUGCUGAAGACAGAUCAGACGAUUGUCCUGGUCAACGUUAUUGGAGCUCUACUCCAGAUCCUCUACAUCGUCGUGUACCUAAACUACACUAAACAAAAGAGGAAGGUGAUGUCACAGACGCUUGCGGCAGGGACGGUGCUGGUCUGCGGUUGGUUCUACUUCACCACGUUUCUUCCUGAGGGAGACACUCGGCUCAGCCAGCUCGGCCUCACCUGCAGCGUGGUCACCGUCAGCAUGUACCUGUCCCCGCUCACUGACCUGGUACAGAUAGUGCGUAGUGGUGAUGUGAAGUGCUUGUCCUUCCCUCUGUCUGUAGCCACCUUCUUCACUUCAACCUCCUGGGUCCUGUACGGCCUUCAGCUAAACGACAACUAUAUUGUGAUUCCAAACACGCCUGGCAUUUUCACAAGCCUCAUCAGGUUUUAUCUGUUUUGGAGAUUUGCGUCUGUCAAUCAGAGCUCACCGGCCUAUAAGUCUAUACAGAUAUGAGGGGGAGGUUUUAUGAAAACGUAAAGAGAUGACAGAUCUGUUGACUCCAUGGAGGGCUGCUGCAAAGAUGUCCCAUCGCUUGUAUUUUUCAUCAUACAUAGGGACAGUGAAGAGAAACAAACUGUCUUUGGACGACACCACAGAUGAAGUGGAGAUAAUGUCUUGUGUAUCUGUUACUCAGCUAAGUCAACAAAGUUUGAUGUCUUCGAUUCAACCUUUUUGUUUUUCUGAAGCUAUUUCUUAAACCUGUUUCUCCUCUCCAUGUCCGUCAAGUGCCUUCUGUUAGAUCCUCUCUGCCAUUGAAGAUGAAUGGCAUUUACUGAUCUACCAAAAUGUCAGGAGACUUGCGGUCUGUUCACAAAUCAGUGAAUUGGAUUGUAUCUUCUUAAACUCAUACUAGCCAAAGAUUUUGUGGAGUUGUAACUUGUUGGCUGCUAUUUCAAUACACAUGUAGUCCUCUCCUUCCUGGUACUCGUGUGGAAUAAUCAAGUAUAUAGUUUCAUAUUUUCCCUGGUAAGGUGAUGAUGGUUUCAUAUCCCUUUAGAGUUGCUUCUCAAGCUUAAUAGAAUAUUGAGUCACAUUAAGUUAUAUUUCUUCAGAUUUGUUUUCUAUAUAUUUUAGUUUGGGAGUCUUUUUGAUACAUAAUGUUAAUGUUGGCUUAAGUCCAAGAUCAGAUAUUAUCUUCUUAUAUUGUUGAUGCUUUUUUUUAAUAGCCUAUUGUAUGUGAGAUUAAAUUAAAUAAGAAAGGACAUUAACACCCUAGGGUUUGUUUACAAGUAUGACUGAUGUUUAUUUCCCUGGUGGCUGGUUGUCAUGGGUAAUUGAGCCCUGCUUGUCCCCUCCUUAUUAUCUGUAAUAAGGACAUAUGUUAUGCAAAUGAAACAGCCGAGUGUCAGUGUUGAUUCGCUCGCUUCUAAAGGAUGUAAAUAAAUUC